UCCUUGAAUGUCUGGAAAUGUCUGGAAAGUUCUAUGCUCUUCUUGUCAAACGUUAGUCUACUAGACAACGUGGACCUGAAUCAAUCAGACAAGGGGAGCACAUUCUGCUUCUGAUCAAGUGUUAUUGGCAUACGAGUGUAGCGAGGGCCUAGCGCAGCUAGCUAACACCCGUAACGUGUAUUAUAUUUGCAAGCAGUGAUAAGUAAGUAAGGCUAGCAUUGAGCUAAACUAACGUCAGCUAGCUAGCUGCCGUUGACGUCGGGAAGGUUGUUGCUUGCUGCACUUGCGUGCUCUAAGAAGUUAGCUAGCCUUAGCCGCCACUACUAUUAGCCUGUGAACUGUAGUGCAGGUCAGAGUAGGAGGGAGGAAUGCGCUUCACGAAAAUGACUGCAGAGGAGCAGACAGGUGAAGGACAACACACCAUCCCAAUGGAGGGAGAGGACAUCACACCAAAUAAAGACGGGGGUGUCUUGAAGCUGGUGAAAAGGGAGGGCACUGGCACAGAGUUACCCAUGACUGGUGACAAAGUGUUUGUACAUUAUGUGGGCACACUUCUGGAUGGUACUCAUUUUGACUCGAGCAGAGACAGAGGAGAGAAGUUUUCCUUUGAGUUGGGCAAAGGUCAAGUAAUAAAGGCAUGGGACAUUGGUGUGGCCACUAUGAAAAUCGGGGAGUUGUGUCAGCUUAUUUGUAAACCAGAGUAUGCUUAUGGAUCUGCUGGUAGCCCACCCAAGAUACCCCCCAGUGCCAGUCUUGUCUUUGAGGUUGAACUAUUUGAAUUUCGAGGUGAGGACAUAACUGAGGAUGAGGAUGGUGGAAUCAUCCGACGUAUUAUCACUAAAGGGCAGGGAUAUUCAAAGCCAAAUGAAGGAGCUGCUGUUGAAGUUACUGUGGUGGGUUCCUGUGAGGACCGUGUAUUUGACGAGAGAGAAUUGAAGUUUGAGGUUGGCGAUGGAGAGAGUUUGGGCUUGCCAGCUGGAAUGGAGAGAGCUAUCAUGGCUAUGGAGCAGGGAGAGGAGGCACUCUUCAUUAUGAAGCCCAAGUAUGGCUUUGGGAAUAAUGGAAAUGCGAAGUAUAACAUUCCUGGUGGUGCAACUUUACAAUACAAAAUCAAGCUGACAGCCUUUGAAAAGGCUAAGGAGUCGUGGGAGAUGAACACAGUAGAGAAACUGGAACAGAGCAGCAUUGUCAAAGAGAAGGGAACACAGUAUUUCAAGGAGGGAAAAUACAAGCAGGCAUCAGUGCAGUACAAACGAAUCGUGUCAUGGCUGGAACAUGAAUCUGGUUUGUCGGAGGAGGAUGAGAAGAAAGCUAAAGCACUGCAGCUGGCUGCACAUCUGAACUUAGCCAUGUGCUACCUUAAACUUCAGGAGCCAAACCAAGCCCUGGAAAGCUGUGACAAGGCUCUGGAGCUCGAUGCAUCCAACGAAAAGGCUUUGUUCCGAAGGGGAGAGGCACUGUUUAAUAUGAAGGAGUUUGACAGGGCAAGAGAUGACUUUCAGCAUGUUAUUCAGCUGUAUCCUGCAAACAAGGCAGCCAAGAGCCAGGUUGUUCUUUGUCAGAAACGUAUCAAGGAGCAGCACGAAAAGGACAAGCGCAUCUACGCAAACAUGUUUGAAAAAUUUGCAGAGAGGGAUUCUAAGAAAGAAGCAGAGAGGGUGAAAUCUUCUAACAAGGCAAACGAGACUGAAGAGAUGGAGAUUGAGAACGGAGAAAAGGAAGAUGCAAGUGAAACAAAGGUGUAGAUGAAAAUGUGACAGCUAGGAUUCAUCUGUACUCAAGACUUUUGUAACUUCAGCCUUUUGUGGAAAAAAUGUGUGUGCGCAUAUAUGAUGCGUAUGAGUGUGUGUGAGUGAUAAUGAGCAUGUCAGCGUGAGCCCUGACUUUGGUCGUGUCUGCUCUGGCUUUCCUUGUGUCCAGGCUUUUUGCUGUGGCUAAUAGCUGGGUGGUUGGGGCUUCCCUGACUGGUGGCCCUGUGGGUCAGGGUCUUGGGGCGGAAAAAAAUACACCACCACCAUCAACCCUUUCAAUCCACAGCUCUGAGCAGUGCAUGUGUUUUCACACCAUUUUGGGUAGGAAAAAAAGUGCAUCUAAAGUUUUAAGUGCAUAAUUUCAAACCCUCACCCGUUAAGGGCUAGACCAUUCACAUUGCACCACCCCCUGUCCUUUACCCUUCCUCACAAUUUUAUGCUCUCCAUCCAACCCUCUUCUCAUGGGCCUACUGAACAAUACUGGAGAUGUGAUGGUUGUGCGCAUAGAUGUGAUGUGUCUGAGUGUUAGAGUGCCUGUGUCCCAAAGUACGUAUGUAGCAGCACUGUGGAUAGGUGGAGAAAUAAAACAUUAGCCUUGAAUAGCUAGUCAGACUUAGAGCUUCACUGUUGAUCUAAAGAUGGAGCUCCCUCAUAGCCCCCGGAGUACAGGACUGUUCACCUUUGCUUUAGAAAUAUUGACUUUGUAUUUUCUUUCUCAGUGUUGUGAUUGUGAUUUCUGUACUGUUCAUAAAGUGAUGGAUCAACCAACUACAUAACUGGAAAAUGUAAAGCAGCUAAGAGGACAGGAAUUAGGCUCUCCUACAAAUACUCAAGUACCAGUUAAAUAUUAGUCUUAAUUUACUGUUUUUUUUAAGAGACGUUUAUGAAAUGUGCAGUUUGGGCUCAUUAGAUUCUGGCUGUUGAUGACGGUACACCAUAGGACAACAGGAGCCCGGUUUAUUUGAGUCAACAGCACCUGCAGAGGGAGGCAAAUUUAAUACAGAGCUGUGUUGAGUUUAUCCUUUUUCUGUUAAAAGGUUAACUGCUUGAUCUGCCCUGAAAGAAUGAUACAAUAAACAAUAGAUACAACUUUGCUGCGUGAUAGUCAUGCCUUAAAUCUUCCUCUUAUCAUUUAACAUCUUAAUGAUGUAGCAUCCACUUUGAAUUCUUGUCUUCUGCU